CUGGGUCAUGAUGGAGUGUUUCUGGCCGCCUGAUGAAGUUAAGUACAAUAUUCAAUGACCUUGUAGCUUUUAUUUGGUUUCCACUGAAUUUGAAAAGAUUAUAGGUGUUUAGCUUGUUAGCUGCUGGACUUUCUGCUAGUGAAGCCAAAUUAGCAUUAAACAGCAGCAGUGCUAAUUAGCAGAGGGAAAACCAGCUGCUUCUUAUUUAAUCUCGUUAGCUGACAGACAUUGUUGAGGUCUUAAUUCUUUGUUUGGUGACUGCUGUGUUUCCUGUUUUGUUAAAUAGAUUUAUAUAAUAAUACUUUUGCAAUGUUGGUUUGUUUGUGAAAUUUCAUAUCUCCACCACCACUAAUGAAGGUUGCUGUGCCUUGUUUCCUUGUACAUGUGAAAUAAGUGCACUAUACAACAGAAACACAGGUAUUUAUUUAUUUACAGCCAACAACACUGAGUCCAUGUUCAACUGAGUGUGCCGAAGGUCAUCUGAAGCUUUUAACAUUUCACCACCGGGUGGCAGCAGUGUUGCUUUGUAAUUCAUUUCCUGUUGAACUGUUGCUGCUGCCUUCAAGUGCUCCUAUCUCCAAUAAUAAGGUUGCAUUUACAAAUUCCUGCACAUGUAAAUGCUUCAGUGCUGUGUUUGAUAUUGUGACAAAAAACAGAUAAUAGAAAUAUCCAAUAUGCUUGUUAUUUUCACAGUGCUGCUGAAGGAAAUCAAUUUAUAGUAAAUUGUUAAUGUGGCUUUCCAACCUCAACAGUAAAAAAUGCAGCCUUUGAUGUUGUGUUUAACAUUAUUUUGGCUUGUGUGCAUUCAGAUUAUAGUUUCAAUAUUUCUGAUGCUAAUUAACUAAUUAACAGGUGUGUUUUUUAAUGAUAUUACAGUGUGUAUUUUUUUCUCUUGCAGUUGCCCUGAAUACAGUUAUUAUUCACCUCAUCCUGGACUUUUCUGAUGAUGACGAACACUCAGCUGAAGGAUACAACCAGGCCCUUGAAGGCAGCAGUGAGUGACCGAUAGUGUAUUGCCCCCAGUGAGCAAUCAGUUGUUUUCAUGUUUAAGCGUGCAGCCCCAAUCAGCCAUUUUUCUGACAAUAUAAAGGACAAAUAUUAUCACUUCCACAGUAUCCCGCAUGUCUAAAGAGCCUCAUUGAUGAUGAAAAUUAAGAAUUUUGUGUGAGCUUCAAAUGAUUAAAAUCUGAAAUAUGGGCCGUGUGGUUUUUUUUAUUCUUAUUUUAAUGAUGGAAACAAACCUUCAGCAGCACCUGAAAAUGUUAAUACAGCAUAAAUACUAGAUUUAGCCUUCAACUGACAAUUAUCUGCAUUCUCAUCAUUGUUGCAUUCAGGCUGAAAAAAAGAUGACAGACGUAUGUGCAGCAUGAAGCUGGCCAGGAAUUUGAGCUGGAAGAGGGCAAUAACCUAAAUGUCACCCUGCAGCAUCUAUGCACAACUCAUGCUCACAUGUAUGUUGUGGCUUUAACAGUGACAAGCAUGGGGUAUUGUUAAAUGCGGAAACAUAAUGUAACAGUAGCAAAAUAUCUAAAAAAUUACUAGCAUUAACUUAUAUUAACCAACAUAAGCUACUGGUCAUACCUCACCAAGUGAGGCUGUAGCAGGAGACCCCUGAGUGAACUAAACUGAGCUUAAGUUUCUUUGCUUAAGAAUUCAGCUUUUCAUUUAUAAGAAAAAGGAUGUGUUAUUUUUUCUUUCAAAAAUAACAUAGUCUCGCUUUGAGAGACGGUUAAAGGAAAUGUAAUUAGCUAAUGAAUUAACAUAAAGGGCUAAAAGAGAAGAUUAACCUGAUUUGCAAAUCCCUGUUAUGACUUUUUUUUUUUUUUUAAAUGGAUUUAUAUUAUUUGUUUAAAGACAGAGACUGCAUCUACAACUUUUAAUUAAGGGAGACAAAAACCCAAACCACACACUAACUACUACAACACCGGCAGAACACAUAUGGUUAACACACAAAGAGGGGUUGAUUCUUUGUUUUAGACCUGACUAGACAGAUACUCAUAAAGAUUUACUGAAUAUUGACAACUGGUGCCCAAUUUGCCUGUUAAAUAAUACAUAGGUGUAGAUUUUGGGAGGACACAGGGACAUGUCCCCCUCAGUAUUAACAAGAUGUGCAUUUGUUCCCCCAAAUCAUAAGAUUAAAGUAGCAGAUUACUUUGAUUUUUGACAAAACAAUGACAUUUCUUGCUUUCUGAUGACCAAUUUGUGCUUUUUCUGCAUUAAUUUAAGUGUUUGAUAGUCCAUAUUUUCAGGUGGAGGACCCCCAAACACCCCAAUGACUCGAAACCAACACCUUUGGAAUAAUAAUUAUAAAGUUUGGCUCUGAUACUGGCAAGAAGAAUCAAAACAGUGCAGAGUCGGAGAAGCUAAACCAGGGUUCAUGUCUUAGACAUGUCUAUUACAGUGUUGGCUUUGGAGAUUUCUUUUGUAACACAAUUAAAACACUAAAGUAAUCUCAACUGUAAGUGAGUGUAUUGUGUCAAUUGACCAGCUAAGUGACUCCAUUGUUAUUAGUCCACUGAAGCUGCCACAGCCUUGUUUGUAAAGGACAUCACACCAGCUUUCAAAGUAAUUGAGUAAUUGUUCACUAAAGCCUCUGGUCCUCACUUAAAUCCUGUUAAUCCCUGCACUAAUCAGCAUCUUAUGAAGUCUUGGAGAAAUUAUUUCCACAGACCAAACACCACUUAAGCUAAUUGUCAGAGUGUUGAAACAGUUUGGUUUAUGCCACUUCCAGUUUAUUAGUAUUAUCUGCCUGGCUGACAGGGAAGCUGGCGUAAUAAUCCAGCGGACGGUUUCAGAGGAACAAUUUUUCCUUUUUUUGUGGAAGCACAUCAACAUGUGAUUCAUUAACUAAAUAAUUAAAGAAUAUUGAAUCUCCUCUUUGUUCAAAGGCUUACAUAAUUCUCAUAUAAAUCCAUCACCUGUGUGUACAGUACACAUCAGUCACGUUCAGAAGAUGCAGAAAAAGUGCAGGGCCUCCGCAGGUAAAAUAUUUGCCCGGUGGGUCACUGGCCUUCUUAACAGCAAAAAUCAAUAGGCCACUUCACCCCCUCCCAAAAAAACCCACACUCUGUCCCUGUGUGGCAGAGCACUGUUCAAUAAGAGCAUGUCAAUCACUGCCAUGACACACAGUCUGUCAUGACGAGCUGCUACUACGAGCUAGGCAUAACAACUCAGUGUCUGGGUAUUAGAAGCAUAGGAGUGCGGCUGCUGGUGUAAUUUGACUCCUUUUGUUAGAACUUAUGAUAAGCUUCAGUCAAGGAUAAGACAGAAAACUUUAUCUUAAAAAAGGGAGUGUGUAGAUGAGUCAACAUGCCGACUGGAUCAGUGAAACUGCAAAGCAUUAAAAAACUGGGACAGGAAAACCACAGCUAUGAGUUUUCAGAUGAAGAUCCAGCUGGCUCCAAUAUGAGCGCAACAACUUCCAAAGAUGAUGGGAAAGACAAGGGCAAUGCAGAGCAACCAGCGAUAAGGGUUGGCUUCUUUCAGCUGUUCCGUUUUGCCACGUGCAACGAGAUACUGAUGAUGGUGAUAGGAGCUGUGUGCGCAGUGCUGCACGGCUCGGCUGCGCCCCUCAUGCUGCUGGUGUUCGGCCUGCUCACCGACACCUUCAUCGAAUACGACAUCGAGCUCAACGAGCUGCGCGAUGACAGGAAAGAGUGUGUGAACAACACUAUCCAGUGGAAGAGGAACUACACCGCAGGCCUGAACACAUCGCUGAACCAGUCAGACUGGAGCGUCAUGAACAAUUCAACAUGGGAGAUGCUCAUACCACUGAAGAACAGGUCGUGUGGGAUUCUCGACAUUGAAUAUGAAAUGACCAAAUUUGCCCUCUAUUAUGUUGGAAUUGGAGCAGCUGUCUUCGUGCUAGGAUACUUUCAGAUUUCGCUGUGGGUGACGUCCGCUGCCAGGCAGAUUCGGCUCAUCAGGAAAUUGUACUUUGGCAGAGUAAUGAGGAUGGAGAUCGGCUGGUUCGACUGCACCUCUGUAGGGGAGCUCAACACCCGCAUGUCAGACGAUAUCAACAAGGUCAACGACGCCAUUGCGGAUCAAGUUUCCAUUUUCCUCCAGCGCUUCACCACCUUUGUGUGUGGUUUCUGCGUUGGCUUUGUGAAAGGAUGGAAGUUAACGCUUGUCAUUCUCUCAGCAAGUCCGCUGAUAGGUGCUGCAACGGGUCUUAUGGCUAUGUUUGUGGCUAAGCUCACAGGGUUGGAGCUGCGGGCAUACGCCAAAGCUGGAGCUGUAGCUGACGAGGUCCUUUCCUCCAUCAGGACUGUGGCUGCUUUUGGUGGUGAGAGAAAAGAAGUGCAAAGGUACGACAGAAACUUGGUCUCAGCACAGCGCUGGGGCAUCAGGAAGGGUCUGAUCAUGGGCUUUUUCACCGGAUAUUUGUGGAUGAUCAUCUUUCUGUGCUAUGGUUUGGCCUUCUGGUAUGGCUCAGGCCUGGUAUUGGACACUGAGGAGUACUCACCAGGAACACUACUGCAGGUGUUCUUUGGUGUUUUGAUAGCGGCCAUGAAUUUGGGGCAGGCCUCUCCAUGUCUAGAGGCGUUUGCUGCAGGCCGUGGAGCUGCUACCACCAUCUUUGAGACUAUUGAGAGAGAGCCGGAGAUUGAUUGUCUAUCUGAGGCUGGAUAUAAGCUCGACAGGGUCAAAGGAGAUAUUGAGUUUCACAAUGUGACCUUCCACUAUCCCUCCAGACCUGAAGUCAAGAUUUUGGACCAGCUCAGUGUUGCAGUGAAGUCAGGGGAGACCACAGCCUUUGUUGGUCCGAGUGGAGCCGGGAAGAGUACUGCUGUUCAGCUCAUCCAGCGCUUCUAUGACCCUAAGGAGGGCAUGGUGACCCUGGACGGUCACGACAUCAGAGGACUGAACAUCCAAUGGCUGCGCUCGCUUAUUGGCAUCGUGGAGCAGGAGCCUGUGCUGUUUGCCACCACCAUUGCUGAGAAUAUACGCUAUGGUCGAGCCGGCGUCUCCAUGGAAGACAUCAUCAGCGCUGCAAAGCAAGCCAACGCCUACAGCUUCAUCAUGGACCUGCCGCAGAAAUUCGACACCUUGGUGGGGGAGGGUGGAGGUCAGAUGAGCGGCGGUCAGAAGCAGCGUAUUGCUAUUGCUCGAGCGCUGGUCAGGAAUCCUCGCAUCCUGCUGCUGGACAUGGCAACCUCUGCCCUCGACAACGAGAGCGAGGCUAUAGUUCAGGAAGCUCUGGACAGUGUACGCAUGGGUCGCACCACCAUCUCCAUCGCUCACCGCCUGUCCACCAUAAAGAACGCAGAUGUGAUUGUUGGCUUUGAGCACGGCCGAGCUGUGGAGAGGGGCAAACACAAUGAGCUGCUGGAGAGGAAGGGAGUCUACUUCACUCUGGUCACCCUGCAGAGCCAAGGAGACAAGGCUCUGAACGAGAAGGCUCGGCAAAUGUCUAACAAUGAAGAAGAGCCGGAGAGGCUGAAUCUAUCCAGAGCAGGCAGCUACCGUGCCAGUUUGAGAGCCUCUAUCCGCCAGCGGUCCCGCUCUCAGCUGUCCAAUCUGAUCCCAGAGUCUUCUGUUCCCAUCACCGGAGAGCUCGGCCCGAGAGCCUACUCUGUGUCACAGGCAGACAAAUCCAAGAAUGCUUUCCCAGAGGACGAGGAGGAACCUGUGGAGCCCGCUCCAGUUACCAGGAUCCUCAAGUACAACAUACCUGAGUGGCCUUACAUGAUUUUCGGAUCCCUCGGAGCUGCCAUAAAUGGAGGGGUCAACCCUGUCUACUCUCUACUGUUCAGUCAAAUCCUGGCGACAUUCUCAGUAACAGAUCCUGUGGCUCAGAGGAAGGAGAUUGAUAGUAUCUGCCUGUUCUUUGUCAUGGUCGGCGUGGUCUCUUUCUUCACCCAGAUGCUGCAGGGUUACGCUUUCUCCAAGUCUGGAGAGCUGCUGACCCGCAGGUUGCGGCGGCUCGGCUUCCACGCCAUGCUGGGCCAAGAGAUCGGCUGGUUUGAUGAUCACAGGAACAGCCCCGGAGCUCUGACCACGCGUCUGGCGACUGAUGCCUCGCAAGUUCAAGGAGCCACUGGCUCACAGAUCGGCAUGAUAGUCAACUCGCUGACCAACAUCGGCGUGGCCAUCUUGAUGUCCUUCUACUUCAGCUGGAAGCUCACGAUGCUCAUCCUGUGCUUCCUGCCAUUCCUCGCCAUGUCAGGAGGCUUCCAGGCUAAGAUGCUAACAGGGUUCGCGAAGCAGGACAAGCAGGCGAUGGAGGCCGCCGGACGGAUUGCUGGCGAGGCGCUUAACAACAUCCGCACCAUUGCAGGCCUGGGGAAAGAGAGGGUGUUUGUGGAGAUGUUUGAGGCCCAGCUUGAUGCUCCGUACCAAGCAGCCCUGAAGAAGGCAAAAGUGUAUGGAGCCUGUUACGGUUUCACUCAGUGCAUCGUCUUCUUAACCAACUCCGCCUCCUACAGGUUUGGAGGUUACUUGGUGCGACAGGAGGGGCUCCAUUUCAGUUUGGUGUUCAGAGUCAUCUCAGCCAUCAUCACCAGUGGCACAGCCCUUGGCAAAGCCUCCUCUUACACACCAGACUACGCCAAGGCCAAGAUUUCAGCUGCACGUUUCUUCCAGCUGCUGGACCGUGUGCCUCAGAUCAGCGUCUACAGCGAUAAGGGAGACAAAUGGGAUAACUUCCAAGGGAACAUUGAGUUCAUUGACUGUAAGUUCACCUACCCCACCAGGCCUGACAUCCAGGUCCUGAAUGGGCUGAAUGUAUCGGUGAAGCCCGGCCAAACGCUGGCCUUUGUGGGCAGCAGCGGCUGUGGGAAGAGCACCAGCGUGCAGCUGCUGGAGAGGUUUUAUGAUCCUGACCACGGCAGAGUGCUGAUUGAUGGCCGCGAGUCGACUCGUGUCAACGUGCCCUUCCUGCGCUCCAAGAUUGGCAUCGUGUCCCAGGAGCCCAUCUUGUUUGACUGCAGCAUCGGAGAGAACAUCAAGUACGGCGACAACUUGCGGGAAAUCACCAUGAAUGAGGUCAUCUCCGCCGCCAAGAAAGCGCAGCUCCACGACUUUGUCAUGUCACUUCCUGAGAAAUACGACACAAACGUCGGUGCCCAGGGGUCCCAGUUGUCUCGUGGUCAGAAGCAGCGCAUCGCUAUCGCCAGGGCGAUCAUCCGUGACCCCAAGAUCCUGCUCCUGGACGAGGCCACCUCCGCCCUGGACACUGAGAGUGAGAAGACCGUGCAAGCCGCCCUGGACAAAGCCAGAGAGGGUCGGACCUGCAUCGUCAUCGCCCAUCGCCUGUCUACCAUUCAGAACUCUGACAUUAUCGCCGUCAUGUCCAGAGGCUAUUUGAUAGAGAAAGGAACGCACGACCAGCUCAUGGGCCUGAAGGGAGCGUACUACAAGCUGGUUACCACGGGAGCACCAAUCAGCUAACUGCUCGGGGAAACAGUAGCCAAUUAGCAAGGCAGCCAACAGAAACGAAUGUAAAGAGCAGUGUUAUUGCUGUACAUCGAGAGAGACCACGAUUAAAAGUAUGCCAUAACAUGAAGACAGGAAGAUACACCUAUUCGCUCUUACAGUAUUUAUUAUGGGUUAGGAUCCUCUUAUGAAGAGAAGGGUCCUGCGAUUCGCACGCCCUAUUUUGGGGUAUUUUAAGGUAGUUGUCUGUCUGUCUGUCCUUUACCUACAGAAAUGUAUCCCACAAUUCACCAUAGUCUGCUGCACCAAAGUGCCCAUAAGCUGGCUUUACAACCAACAAUAAUCAGCAGACAUGAAGCUGAACUUCACAGUUAUGGCAGAACCUCAACAGAUGUUUUUUUUUUAUUGUACUCUUACUGUAAUAUAAAAAAAUGAUUCUUGUUGGUGAGAAUUAUCAGAAUAUAUUGUAUUUAUAGUUAAUGUCAUAUAAUUUUAUCAAUGGUUUUGACAAAAUACAGGAGUUCAACAUUGCCAAAAAUGUCCCUAUUUGAUUUCUUGCCAAGAGUUAGAUGGAACGACUGCUACCACUCUCAUGUCUGCAUGCUAACGCAGCAAUUAGCUUAGCUCUGCUUAUUGACUGAAAGCAGGUUGAAACAACGAGCCUGGCUCCGUCAAGAGAUGAAGUUGCCCACCAGACCCUCUACAGCACAUUUCAGUAUAGCCACGUUGUCUUUACAGGAUUUUUUUUAGGUGUUAACUUUGGAGGGGCCAAACUAGCUUGCAAGUCUUUUGGCUAAGCUAAUCUAGGAUAAGCUAAGCUAAUCACCUGCUGGCUCUAGCCUUGAAAUAUGCCUUCAAAUUGAGUUGUGUUUCAGUGUUCAUGAACAGAGUCCAUAUGAAUGCCGCCCUCAAGGUAUUUACAACCUCACAAGUGGAAAUUUUUGACAAGCUCUGAGUUCAUGAGUUGUUUUUGCUGACAUUUUCAGAAAAGGCAGAGGUCAUGGAAGUUCUUUAUUUUGGUUGAUGGUGAAUUAACAAGCCCCAAGGAAGAGUGCCAGGCAUUGAAGCCCAUUGUACAUAGUGGGCAAAAGUGGAACUACACUAUCUGGGUCCAUCAGAUGCUGCCAGGGGGUCUAAAAAGCCUUUCCCCAUAGAUUUACAUUGGGAAAGAGCAUCACAGCCCCCCCCCCCCAAAAAACCGACUCCUUUCACAAGACUUGAUCUAUUUGGUUUGAUAACAUUUUGAAAGUCUAGAAGAGCUGUGCAGUAUUUCAUCAUUAUUCAAGUUACAAUUGGCCCCGCUUGGUAUGCUGUGUAUAUAUGCCGUGUGUGUAUAUAUAUAUAUUGUACAUAUAUACAUAUACAUAUACAUUGUAAUGUCAGCCAGUUUCAUUCAGAAAUUGUUGAUAUUCACAAUGGCCUCAUCUUUUUCCUCUUUCCUCUUGCUAAAUUGUUAGCUAUGGUGGCUUCUAGACGCUGACAAUGGCCUCCAUGUUGCCGUUGCCUGGCAGCGGUGUUCUCACAACUUAACCACUUGAAAGUGAAGGAUAUUGUGUAUACAAAGGCAGCACUAUUUAUUGUGCAGAAGUGAGGGUUGUAUCUUCCAAUCUAGCUCCCAGCAAGAAAGUCAACAAGUAUAUUUCCUCAAAUGUCAGAUGAGCCUUUUAAACAUUUUAUAAGACAGAAACCAUUCAAAUCAAUACCUUGGUAUGUAUCUUAUGUAGUUUGAGCUUCUAGAUAAUUCAGUUUAAUUGCUUCCUCAGAUGUUUUUCCCAUCCGUGUUCCUGAAUGUGCUUUUGUUUUACACAGUCAUCUGAUGUAACUUAAUUCUGUGUGGAUGGUCCUAUUUUUUUAUGCUUUAUGUGGAAAUUAAAUAAAACCAUCAAAGUGUC